AUGGCUCAUGAGUUGAGGGCAAGUUUGAGAGUUGGGUAUGAGUGUAUAAAGCCCAAAGUAGUUGACUAUAAAAAAUUAAGGAGAGAUAUCAACAGGGUUAUUGGUUAUAAAGAUGCCCAAAUGAUAGUAAACACAAUGAAUGACCGUCGAGCUCACUAUCCAAAUUACUCAUUUGAGUUUAAUUGUCAAGAUGAUGUUUUGGACUGUAUGUUUUGGGCUGAUGAAAUGGAGAAGGCAUAUUAUGCUGAAUUUGGUGAUGUUAUCUCGUUUGAUGCGACUUCCCGAACAAACAAGUAUCGAAUGGUUUUUGUUCCGUUUACUGCUAUUGACCAUCAUAAAAAAUCGGUUACUGUUGGAUCUGGGUUGCUAAGAAAUGAAAGCAUUGAGUCUUACUCUUUGUUGCUUAAAGCAUUUCUUAAAACUCAUGGGAAAGAACCAGCACUUGUUUUAACCGAUCAAGAUGCUGCAAUAAAACAAGCUGUUGAGAAUAUAUCAGAUGAUUUAUUUACGAACACAGACUUUAGAAAAAGGUUUUCGAAGCUUGUUUGGGACAUUAAUAUGAAACCUAAUGUUUUUGAGGUGAAGUGGGGUUUGCUUAUGAAGGAAUUCAAUCUUGAAGACAUAAGAUGGUUUAAAGACAUGUUUGCAAUACGUGAUUCAUGGAUACCUGGAUAUUUUAGUGAUAUUCCAAUGUGUGGUUUGAUGAAGACUACAUCUAGGUCAGAGAGUAUGAAUUCAUUCUUUAAUACAUACUCAGAAAGUGGGAACUUACUUUUGAAUUUCAUGAUGAAUUACGACACUGCCAUUCAAAAGCAAAGGAAUACUCAACGAGAGCUUGAUAAGGCAUCAAAGAAAGCAUCAUAUAAAAUGCAAACACCUCGAGAAAUAGAACUGCAAGCAUCAAAGGUUUAUAAAAGUACAUUAUUUUUUGAGGUGCAAAAAGAAAUAUAUAAAGCAUGUUUUUUCUCUACAUACUCAUAUGUUGGUAUUGAAGAUGGUUGGGAAGUUUACAUUGUGGAGCACAACAACAGUAAAAGUGAAUUUAAGGUUGAAAUAAAAGCUGAAGAGAAAGAAAUAAAUUGUAGCUGUGAACAUUUUAAGCGUAUGGGUGUUUUAUGCAAACAUGCUUUUAUAAUAAUGAUGAUAUGUGAUGUUAAAGAAAUUCCUAAAAUGUACAUUUUUAAAAGAUCGAGAAAGGAUGUGAUAUCAAGAAAUUAUCGUUUUGGUUCUGUUCAAUCCAAUUUAGGUGAUUGUGAGAAUGUAAAACUAGUCAAUGAUUCAUAUUAUAGUUUUGAAUCAUGUUUGGAUAUUGUAAGAGAUGACAAAAAGAGAUUGGCUUUGUUUGCUGAGAAACAACAAAUGUUGUUGAAGAAAUUUGAGAGUGAUUAUAUUUCUCCUGGAUUGAAAAGCAAGACAGAUGGUGAAGUCGUAUGCAAGCUUUUAGGUGUUACUAUUCCUAUUACAGAAGAGAUUAAUAUUCAUGUUCCUGAAGUUCAAAGCAAUAAAGGUUCUGUAAUCAAGAAAAGAAUUCUAAGUGCAGGUGAAGUAGCAUAUGAAAAUUCUAAAAAAGAACAUAGAAUGUGUUUAGGAUGUGGAAAAUGA